CCUCCCGACCAGCCCCGCCUAGACGCGGGAGGCGGGGCUACAGGAUCACGGUAUGGCUGAGGGCGGACGCUAACGGUGCCAUCUUUCUUUAGGGAAGGCGGAAAAAAAAAAAAAAAAAAAAAAAAACUAUCUACUCUUUGUUUUCCUGAAACCUGUCUCCUAGGUGCCUGUGAUUUUCCCCACUUUUGUCGCCCAUUUUUAUCUCCACGAAAGUUCAUAUUGUGGCUGUAUGGCCCACAAAUCUUUCUUAAUUACUUAAAGGUGGCGCCUUUGGUAUUUGCACAUUUUCUGUGUGAGGCUAACGGUCUGCAUUCUAAAAGGGACCGUGCUGUUGUUAAAAGUCGGCUCUAGUUAAGCGCCACCUCCCGAGGCCCCGCCCUCCAAGAGGCUCCACACGCCUCCCACUGGUUUCCAAGGCAACCGCCUAACAGAUACCCAGAGCCUCAGGAGAGAGCUGCUGUUGUCCCUGUCCACAGGGACCAGUGUCUUGAAUCAUGGCGUCUGAAGAAAAGCCAGAAGAACAUCCAUUUGCAGACAUCUUUAAUGAAGAUGAAACUGACAGGAACUGUUUGCUGUCCAAACCAGCUUGCUUUAUUAUAUUUGGAAAACCUGGGGCUGGCAAGACAACGUUAGCCCGUAACAUAGCACAGGCAUGGAGAUGUAUCCGGGUUGAAGCUUUAUCGGUUUUGGAAGAGUACGCUGCCGCUGAGAACGAGACCGGAGCUAUGCUGCAGUCACUGCUGAUGAGCGGUCACAGUGUCCCAGACGAGCUGGUCACAAAGUUGAUGCUAGAGAAGAUCAAGUCUCCAGAAGUUGCUCACUUCGGCUACAUCAUCACUGAAAUGCCAUCACUCUCACAAGAUAACAUGACCUCUUUGAAGCAAAUAGAAUUUGUUAAAAAUUUAGAAUUGCAACCUGAUAUCAUAAUCAAUAUUAAGUGCAGUGACUACGAUUUAUGCCAAAGAAUCUCUGGGCAGCGGCAGCACAGUAUUACAGGCUAUGUUUAUACCAGAGACCAGUGGGACCCAGAAAUAAUUGAGAGUCGCAGGAAAAAGAAGAAGGACGUCCCCAAGGAAGGAAAAUCUGAAGAGGAAGAAGAGGAAGAAGAACAAGAGGAGGAGGAGGCAUUUACGGCCGAAAUGCAAGUGGUGACUGAAAUUCUUCAACACCUCGUGCAGAGGCCUGAGGACUACCUGGAGAACAUCCAAAUCACCGUGAAGCUUUACAAGGAGCUGCUGCUCAGCGCUUUGGAGGAGGUAAUGGCUGAGCAUAACCCCCAGUAUCUCAUCGAGCUAGAUGGGAAUAAGCCACCAGAAGAGCUCUUCAUGACAGUCAUCGAGCGGCUGAAGUACUUGAACGUGAAGCGAGCAGCUAUCAUAACCAAGCUUCAGAGUACAGAAGAGGAAAUGACUGACAUAUUAGAUACUGAAGAGCUGUUCCGUACAGUGUCGUCUUAUAAACUCAUCGCACCGAGGUAUAGAUGGCAACGAAGCAAGUGGGCGCGUUCUUGUCCCGUGUCCUUAAAGGAUGGGAACAUGUAUUCAGGAGUAGCAGACUAUUCCGUGAGUUUUCUAGGUAAAAUGUACUGCCUUUCUUCUGAAGAGACGUUAAAAGUGUUCUCACUGAACCCCCGACCCUUCCUCCUACCGCCUAUGCCACUGCCGCCAUGCAAAGUCUUUUUAUUUGGACCUGAGCAAGUAGGGAAAACAACGCUGGCCAACCUGAUUGCAGAGUACUUCAAAGCAAAGGUAAUAGACUUCGCCAAAGUUGUUCAGCCACGUUUUGACAGUGCCCGUGAAAAGCUAAUAAAAGACACCAUAAGUGAAGCCACGGACACAGCUAUCAAAGCUGUGAAAGAGAGGAUUCUGAAUGACAUACAAGCCAAAAAGCAAGAGGAGAAAACCUUGAAGGAACUGCAGAUGGAGUACUCAAAAAGAGAAUAUGAGGACUUCGUGACGACCAAAAGUUCCCAAGAGUUACACUCUUCUCUGGAAGACACCGCAAGCCCUCAAGGCGCCAGGAAAUCAAGCUUCUUAGAGAUUGGCCAGGAAGAGAAAACAAAGUCGGAGACCCCCAUUCCCGAGGACGAGGAUAAAGCUGAAAUGUUGCUAGAAGAGGUGACUGAAAAACACCCAGAGGUCUUCUCCAUGUUAGAGGGUACUCUGAGACAUGUCAAGGAGUUGAACUUUGAGCAGCCAUAUGAGAAACAGGCUGAAAUACUGGAGGAGAUCAUCAAAGAGGAAACAAGAGAUAACAAGAAUAGGUUCCCUGGUGCCCCAAAAUAUGGAGGAUGGAUUGUAAAGAACUUACCUUUAAUGCGAGAACUGUGGAUGGCCUUAAUGGAAAAAGCUCUUAUACCUGAUUUGGUUGUCAGUUUAUCAGAUGCAGAAAGCAAUGGAAAACAUGUGUUAAAUAGGCUAUAUUUAGAGAAUAAGGCAGAAGUCGAUGGUAAGAUUUUAGAAAGAUUGCAAGAAGAAGUUCAAGCCAAAAAAAAAGAGGAGGAGGAAAUACGGAAAGUCAAAGAAGAGGAACUAAGAAUGGAAGAAGAGAAGCAAAGGAUGAUGGACCUUGCGUCUAAGAAAGCGAAAGACCCUGACGAUCCUGACAAUGAAGCUGAUGAGGAGGUUGAUGCUGAGGAUUCUGAAAUCCAUGAAGAGUCUGAGGCACAUGAAAUACCUGAGUACACCAGAGAGUCAUUGUUGCCUGGGGUGUCUGAAACAUCUGAGGUCCCAGAAGCAGAACAUGAACCUGAAGCAGAAUUCAAGCCUACUGAGGACACUUCAGUGGAAGCAGAAACUGGAAAGGAAUCCAAAGAUGUCCCAGGAGCUGAAGAGCUUCUAAAAGCUCUACUGCCAGAGUUUCCCGAAGAUGGCUACCCCAAUGUUCCUGAAAUGGAGCCACUGAAGGAAAUGUUGAGCAAUUACAUUAUAUCUUGGAAACAACUGGAGCAGAUGAUUUCUGACAGUUUGGUUCCAAUAAUGACAGUGGAUAUUGCCAACAAAACACCCCAGGAGCUCCUGCAGCGCGUGGUUGAGACGAUGGAAAAGCCUUUUAAGUAUAGUGCCUGGGAAUUAAAUGCUGAGGAUUAUGAAGAAGAGGCAGAAGACUAUCAGGCAGAAGCAGAAAUUGAGGAGGAGCAGGAGGAAGAGGAAGAGGAAGAAGAAGAGGGUGAAGAAAAAAUCAAAGAAAGGAAGAGACACCUGGGAGACACCAAACACUUCUGCCCAGUGGUUCUCAAAGAAAACUUUGUCCUACAACCGGGCAACACGGAUGAGGCUGCUAAAUACAGAGAAAAGAUAUACUACUUCUCAAGCGCAGAGGCCAAGGAGAAGUUUUUGGAGCAUCCUGAGGACUAUGUGUCCCAGAACGAACCAUUAAAGGCUCCUCCACUAAGGAUUUGUCUGCUGGGUCCUCACGGCUCUGGCAAAACUGUUUGUGCCAGAAAGCUGGCAGAAAACUUUGGCAUUUUUCACAUUCAAUUUGAUGAAUUUCUCCAAGAAAAAAUGCUGCUCAAGGCUGAAAGGAAAUUUGGACCUGAAUUUGAGGAUGAUUCCGAGGAGGAGCAAGUGAUGAAGCAAGAACUUGAAGAGCUUGCGGCUCAGGCAAAUGUGAAGAUCGAAGAAGACACUACCAAGAAGCAGCUUCCAAAGGUUCGGUUCACAGAGGAAGAAGAAGCGAUCAAGCUGAGUCUCACUGACAAUGAGCCCCUGCCUUCGGAAAUUCUAGACCCCAUUCUUUCUGAGUGGUGGCUUAAAGAACCAAUACGCUCCACGGGCUUCAUACUGGACGGCUUCCCACGGUACCCUGAGGAGGCCCAGUUUCUGGGGGAGCGUGGAUUCUUCCCAGAUGCCGCUGUUAUAAUACAAGUCGAUGAUCAAGAUAUCUUUGAUCGUGUCCUUCCUGCCCAAGUUAAGAAGUGGAAAGCAAAACAGCUCAAGAAAUUAGAGAGGAAGAAGCUCAUCAAAGACUUGAAGGCAAAAAUCAAGGAGGAUAUGGUUGCUAAAAGAAGAGCUGAACUUAUUUUGGAGAGAGAGAAAAAAAGGAAAGAAGCCGCUUUUAAAGAGGAAGACGAGUUUAGUGAGGAAGACGAUGAUGAGGAGGACAUUGAGAACAUCCUUGAGGAAGAGUUUCCAAAGGAUGAGGAAGAGAUGAGCGAGGAAGACGAGGAACAGGAAGGAGAAGCAACCGAGCGCCUGAGAAGCGAGCUGGGGGAGAAAUUUGAAACAGAAACAAAUAAUAUGCAGAUGAUACAGGAUGAAUUUGACAAGUUUCUGAUACCAAUAAUUAUGGUCAACGGAGCUAGGAAAAUGCAUAUUGUACAAUAUGUAAUGAAUAUGAAAUUGAAGCCGCUGGUGGAAAACCGUGAGAGCAUUUUUGAAAAGUGUUACCCAGUAUCCUUACACCUCGCUCAUAAAAUGCUCGCCUUUACCUACAAACACAUGAGCUCAUUUGGCUACUGGGACCCUGUAAAGCUAAGCGAAGGAGAGACAAUCAAACCUGUUGAAAAUGCAGAGAACCCACUGAACCCUGUGAUCCAUCGGCAGUACAUCUAUUUCUUAUCUAGUAAACAAACUAAAGAGAAAUUUAUGAUGAAUCCCAUCAAAUAUAUCCGGCAACCCAAACCCAAAGCCACUAUGCCUGUGAGGAUUAUGAUUGUGGGGCCUCCCAAGUCAGGGAAAACUACAGUUGCCAAAAAGCUUGCAAGUGACUACGGCUUAAGACAUUUGUCAGUGGGAGAAGCAUUGCGUGGACUGUUAAGCAAUCACCCAGAUUUGGAGCUGUCACUGAUGUUAAACUGGCACCUUCACAAGGGAAAGACGGUGCCUGAUGAACUGGCUAUUCAAGCUUUAGAUAUCGCUCUGAUGGAAAGUGUGUGCAACACUAUAGGUGUGGUUAUCGAUGGCUACCCUGUCACCCCACACCAGAUGGAUCUCUUAGAGGCGAGGUCAAUCAUUCCCAUGGUCAUCUUUGAGUUGGAUGUGCCGUCCAAGGAGAUUUUCAAAAGAUUGCUUUUAGAGAAGAAAAUUGAGCAAAGUUUGCCUUAUCCACUGCACAACAGCUCACAGAUCAUAGCUUAUAAGAACGCAAAGUACCGUAAAAACAUCAAUGAGAUCAGGCAAUUUUAUCAAAAGCAGCAUCAGAACUGGCAUGUGAUUGAUGGCUUUCACAGUAAAUGGUGGGUAUGGAAUGAAGUCCUCAAAGACAUCCAACAGAUGAAUAAGUACAUACAGAUAUACAUGGAAAAAAUAAGGGAAGGAAGUGGAGAGGAAGAAGGAAAGAUGGAAUACAACCUUCAAAGUCAUGCCUCAAUGACCUACUUCUUCAUUCAAGUUGCCACUACCCCCAAGAUGAUGUCAACACCUGAAGAUCAAGACUUCGUUAUACAUGAGGGACAUUUUGUACUCAAACCAUAGCAUCCCAUCUUUGGCUCUCAGCUGUCUCAUAAUGCGAAAUGCAUUUAGUCUAUCUCCCAGAGCCUCCACUGUCCAAAAGUCCAAAUUCUGAGCCUUCUCUGAACCGAAAGGCAAACCUUUCUCAUACAACCAAAAGGAAACUUACAUGUGCUGUGAUAUAACAACACUGGGUAAAUUCAAAUUCUAAACAAGAGGAAGGGAUAGGAACCCAACAAGACAUUAUCAGACCAAAUGAUAUAGUCACAGCUCCAUGUCCAAUAUCUGAGACUUAUAGUGUUUUCAUCUGAAUGAAACCAGGCUUGAGUAGCCCCACCCCACCCUCCUAGCCUCACAGCCUAUCUCUCAGGCUGGCUCCAUUCACUCCCGUCAGCUUUCCUCAGCAGACUGUCCAUGUUCUUGGCAUUCAUCCUUACAUCUCCACUGUGUCUUAGAUUCCACCGACACAACUUUGUGCAACAGUAUUUCAAGAGCCACCUGGAGAGAUAUUGACCUUGCCACACAUUGAUUGACCUCCCUGCCCUCUUUUAGAGUCUCAGUGGAAGCUUCUAUGAUCCUUUAACUCUCUUAUUAGUCAUAUCUGAAAUGGCCGAUAUCACCUAGAUCAUUAUUUAUUUAUUUGCUCACUUUUUGAGACAGAGAUUUGCUGUGUCUCUCAGACUAGCCUCAAACCCUGGCUUCCUGAAUGCCAGGGUUACUGGUUACAUCACUACACCCAGUAGGCAGCCUCGUCUUCUACGUGAACCAGCCUUUAGGAAGGCAAGAGAAAAGUGAGAGAGCCAGCAAGACAGAAGUCCUGGCCUUUGGAAUUGGUUUAAUUUCCUAGGGUUACUAUGAAAAAAUGCCCAGAGUGAGUGAGUUAAAUGACAAUGAUGUAUUAUAUCACAAUUCAAGAGGCAAGACAUUCAAAAUUAAGGUGCUGGCAGUGUCGUGCUGUCUCUGAAGCCUUUGUGAAAAGACCUGCUACAUGCCUUUCUCUUUUGUGUCCAGAACAGCCAGCAAUCAUCGGCUGAUGAAGGCACCUAACAACCCUAACACUGAAUGACAUUCUUCUUGUCUCUCUGUCAUAAGUCAAGUUCCUCAGUCUCUUUGUCCAUCUAACUUUGUUUUCAAGUUUACAUUCAAAGGUGCUAUGAAUGCUUCAGUAUCUUUUUUAAGACAACACGGUUGAGGCUGGAGAGAAGGCUCAGUGGUUAAGAGCACUGACUGCGCUUCCAAAGGUCCUGAGUUUAA